UAUGAAAGUUCUUGAUCAUGACCACCAAGUCGUCUUUGUUAAAGGUGAUUCUGCUGGGGGAUGGUGGUGUGGGAAAGUCCUCCCUCAUGAACCGGUAUGUCUCCAACAAGUUUGAUUCCCAUCUGUUCCACACAAUCGGUGUAGAGUUCUUAAACAAAGAGCUGGAGGUGGAUGGUCACAUGGUCACUCUACAGAUCUGGGACACAGCAGGCCAGGAGAGGUUCAGAAGUCUCCGAACACCCUUUUACCGUGGCUCCGACUGCUGUCUACUUACGUUUAGUGUGGAGGAUAAUCAAAGUUUCUUGAACCUCAACAACUGGAAGAAAGAGUUUGCAUACUACGCAGAUGUCAGGGACCCAGAGAAAUUUUCGUUUGUUGUUCUAGGGAACAAAGUAGAUGUGGCGGAGCGUCAGGUGUCAAUGGAAGAAGCUCAAAGGUGGUGUCAAGAGAAUGGUGGAUAUCCAUACUUCGAAACAAGCGCAAAGGAUGCCACUAAUGUCUCAGCUGCAUUUGAGGAAGCAGUUAGACGUGUGCUGUCAUCUGAAGAUCGCGCAGAACACCUGCUGCCCACAGACACUGUUGACCUGUUCAGGAAGCCACGGGCGAACGGCUCAUGCUGUUGAAACACUCCUUAUGUGUUAGCAAAAAAUGCAUACUCCAUGCCAGAAAAACCUCCUAAUUUCAUAAUUUUUGUCAUUGCAGAGUUAAAACAUCUUAAACACUGGUCUUGCUCUGAAUAAUGAACAUAAUUGAAGAGUCUCUCAGAAUUACAUGCCUUGUUUAAACUUUAAAAUAAUCUCUUUGGAUCACAUUCCUACGCCAUCGUUUCAAAGCACUGGAUCAGAUUCCUGUAUUCUUUAGGUUGCCUAUAUUAUGAUUGUUGAUAAACCAAACAGGGAUCAUUGAGAUCCUUUAGCUUUAGCACUCACACUAUUUCUAACGCUGUUUACAGUUGAGAAAUAAACAUCAGCUGUUACACUCACGAACACUAGAACACAUUCAAAUGCGUUUUGUCUCAUUUUCUGAGUGUACAAGUUGUUACUUUAAGUGCCUUUAGCACAGGGUUGUUUGUGUGUCUUAUUUAACAAUCUUGCGUGAUAAGACAUUUUGGAAUGUCUUUGAGUCAUAAAGUGCGAUUUUGUAGCAUAUUUAUAAAUCUAUAAUUUGUAUUAAUUACCACUUUAAUUUCAACGGGCUUUGGGUCCCUCAUUGCUACUCUUAAUUUAUCAGAGCUAACAAUAAAUUUUUUUAAUAUGCUAGAAUAUAAAAGCGGAGUACUGAAAUGAUACCAUUCAAGGGUGAAUUUUAUUUGACAUAAUUUCUGUCACAAAUGAUUCUCAUAAUAAGCCUGCCUGCUAAUCCAAGUUUGCUACAUUUGUGUGUA